AUGUCCUCUUCAAUCCUCGACACCCCCGACCCCGCCUCCUUAUCCCCCUUCCUCAAUGCCACCUCCCCAUCUCUCCGAUCUCUCCUCCACCACCCAGACUACCUCCCCGUCCGCACCUAUUCGCGCAUUCCUAAACCCUCCACCGGCGAGGAUGGCUACUUCGCCAACACCUUAGCCACCGCCCGCACUAUCCCCCACGUCCUGACACUCCGUCGACGUCCGCACCUCCUCUCUCUUCUCCCCAACUCCCCGCCCACCUGGCCCGCUCCCACCGGCGCCCCGACUCCAAUAGAAGACCCCGAUUUAAUCCUCAUCCUCGACAUUGCUGCCCCCGGUGUCUCGGGCCAUCCGUCCACUGCUCAUGGCGGAGUCCUGGCUACGUCUCUCGACGAGGCCAUGUCCUAUGCUGUGGCACUGUAUGCGCCGGAGACGGGCCCGAAGCUGGUAGAGGACGAGCAGCCGGAUGGCCCGCAUGUCCCGCCUACGCCGCGCGGAAUGCUCUAUACUGCCCAAUUGGACAUUCGCUACAAGAGUCCCGUUGCUGCGCCGGGGUAUCUGGUCGUUCGGACUAAGGUCCUCGCUCGUGUGGGUCGCAAGUUCUGGGUGCGCGCGCAGGCCUUCCAGCCUCAGGAUACAGAAGGUGCUGUUACCUCUCCCAAGGCAGAGGGCGAACCAAUGCGCCUUACCACGGAUGCGAUGGCGUUCUGGAUGCAGACAGGACCGUCGCUCUAA